AUGAAGCCUUGGAGGACAUCAGCCCUCCUCACAGCCCUUUCGGCGUUAUCCACAGCAACAGCAACGGAACGAUGCGCCCCAGAAACGUUCGCCCUCCCGCAGCAUCCCCUCCCGGGCGCUGUCCUGGUGAGGAUCCUCGCGACGCCCGUCCGUGGGCUGCGCUUCACGCCCACGUCGCCCGAGGGCCGCGCAGCCAUCCCGAGUUCGGGCGUCAGCUUCUGCAACGUCACGGUCGAGUACGUCCACGCGGGGUUCGAGGACCUGACGCGGGUGCAGGUGUGGCUGCCGCUGGCUGGUGAGGGCGGGACAGGUGGUUGGAACGGGAGGUUUGUCGGGGUCGGCGGGGGAGGGUACUCGGCGGGGCAGUUUGGCAGCGAGGCGUUUGGGGCGAGGGUCGCGCAGGGGUAUGCGGCCGCCGCGACGGAUGCGGGGCACGACACGACAACCUGGGAAGAGGCGCCGUGGGCGCUGAACGCCGACGGGACGGUCAACUCGCGGCUGCUGGAGAACUACGCGCACGUCUCGGUGCACGACAUGACGGUGAUCGCCAAAGCGGUCAUCACCCAAUACUACGGCCGGGCGCCCGCGUACGCGUACUGGGCGGGCUGCUCGACGGGCGGGCGGCAGGGCAUCAUCGAGGCGCAGCGGUACCCGGCCGACUACGACGGGAUCCUGUCGGGCGCGCCGGCGGUCAACCAGCCGAGCCUGAUCGUGAGCACGUACUGGCCGCAGUUCGUGAUGAACCGGAUGGGCGUGUACCCGCACGUGUGCGAGAUGGUGCUGAUGACGCAAUUCGCGGUGGAGGCGUGCGAUGAGAUUGACGGGGUGCGGGAUAAUGUGAUUGCGGACCCGGAUAAGUGCGACUUUGACCCGGCGAGCGUGGUUGGGCGGGAGCUGGACUGUGGCGGUGGGAGGGUGAUGGAGAUGUCGGCGGCGGCGGCAGAGAUUGCGCGGGAGAUUUGGAGAGGGCCGCACGACGAGGACGGGAAGCCUUUGUGGCUGGAGAAGGGGUAUCCGAUCGGGGCGCCGUUUACGGGGCGGUUCGGGCUCGGGAACGUGAACUGCAGCGUGCCGGGGGCGCCGUGUACGGGGCACCCGUUCCGGAUGUCGGUGGAGUGGAUCCGGAACCUGGUGCACAAGGACCCCGGGUACGAGGUGGCGGGGAUGGACUAUGCGGAGCUGGAGGCGGCGUACGCGCAGAGCCGGCGGGAGUACGAGGCGCUGAUCGGGGCGAACGACCCGGACCUGAGCGGGUUCAAGCGGCGCGGGGGCAAGAUGAUUAGCUGGCACGGGCUGGCGGACGAGUGCGUGACGAUGCGGACGUCGCGGGACUACUACGACAAGGUGCUCAAGAGGGACGGCCGGGCGGGGCGGUACUACCGGCACUUUGAGGCGCCGGGGGUGUAUCACUGCUACGGGCUUAACGGGACGUUUUACCCGCUCAAGGGGCUGGAGACGCUGCGGGCGUGGGUGGAGGAGGGGGCGUUGCCCGAGGUGCUGGAUGGGUUUAGGCUGAGCGGGGGUAACGAGAGCGAGGCGCCGACGAGGCCUUUGUGUGCGUACCCGGCGGCGGCGAAGUUCAAGGGCGGCGAUGCGGCGAAGAGGGAGUCGUGGGGUUGUGAGAGGAAGGGCGGGUGGUACAGCACUUGGGGGCGGGAUGAGUUGUAG